ACCCAGGGGUGGGGUUACCCAGAUCUCCCUCUUUUUCUCCUUCCUUCCAACUCUUUCACGUUCUGUCUAUCAGCUCAGGAGGGUCCGGAUCCCCCAUCACAGCAACAGGUUGUGAUCCGUUCGGAAGAUGGAGGCUGUAAUCUCACAAUGGGUGCAGAAAUACCACGAUUUCAUGAAGGGAGCAGACGAGCGAAUCUAUCCUUACCUUUUGAUGCAGUCGCCAUUCCUCCCUGCAGCCAUCCUCCUGAGUUAUGUCUACUUUGUACUGUCUCUUGGGCCACGGAUCAUGGCAAAUCGGAAGCCAUUUGACCUUAAGCCAUUAAUGGUUGUGUAUAACUUUGCCCUCGUGGGUCUUUCGGCAUUUAUUGUUUAUGAGUUCCUCAUGUCGGGCUGGCUAACUGGCUACACUUGGCGUUGUGACCCUGUGGAUGAGUCUGAUAGCCCGAUGGCUCUUCGGAUGAUACGAGUAGCUUGGCUUUUCCUCUUUUCAAAGUUCAUUGAACUCCUGGACACGGUUUUCUUUGUUUUGAGAAAGAAGAAUGGUCAGAUCACAUUCCUGCACAUCUUCCAUCAUUCUGUUCUACCCUGGAGCUGGUGGUGGGGAGUCAAGUUUGGUCCAGGUGGCAUGGGGUCCUUCCACGCCAUGAUUAAUUCUCUUGUUCACGUCAUCAUGUACUUCUACUACGGAUUGUCUGCUGCAGGUCCACGGUUCCAGAAGUAUCUUUGGUGGAAGAAGCACAUGACUGCCAUCCAACUGAUUCAGUUCGUGCUGGUCUCCAUUCACAUUUCCCAGUAUUACUUCAUGGACAGUUGUGGCUAUCAAUUCCCCAUCUUCAUUCACCUCAUCUGGAUAUACGGCACAGUCUUCUUCAUCCUGUUUUCCAAUUUCUGGUACCAGGCAUACACAAAAGGAAGACGUCUGCCCAAGAGUAGCACAACAGCCAAUGGAGCCCUCCACCAGAAUGGUGUGGCCAGGAAUGGUAAAACCAAACAAAACUAGAUCCGAUGAAGACUCUAACGUGCAGUGUACCAAAACAUGCGCACAUGCAUAGCAGGUGCAAAAAGGGUUAAGAACAUCACAUCUCUUUUCUAAAACCCAGAGAAACCAAGCUGGUUGGUUGAUACAAGCUGCUCAACUGGUUUCCAAAUGCAUCUGGGGCUUACACCAGCCAAAUUAAGUGCCUAAAGACUUCAUUCAGACACCAAAUGUCUGAACCCCAGCCACCCUGUGUUCCUCUUGCAGCUAUAUUUACCCAUUCUACUACAUCCAACCACUCCUGGGUAUGUGAAGAACCCACCUCACAUAAAUGUUUUUUUUUGGUCCUACUCGGUCCCAUCACAGUAAUGGAGAACUCCGAUUCUGAUUGCAUCACAUUCCAGUAUACCUCCCUUUUACCAGGAGAACUGCCUGGGUCCAAUUCCUCAUUAACUCCAGUCUGUCCUUUUCUUCGGUUUUUGCACUGGGAAUUUUCUGGUCGUUGGGAGAUCUGUCAAGGAGUUGUAACAGCUACAGGAAUUCUGAAAUACUUGAAUACGGAAUGUGUGCUUCUCUACAUAUUGCUACUUGUUGGCUUUCAUUGAGAUUGUCUGUCUAUUGCCACUUAUGUCAUGGCGAUAAACCUUAAUGUACACUCCCCUGCCAUCAUUGUCCCAUCCAUACUAACUUCUGCCACCCGUGUCACCCGUUUUAACAUACUGUAGAGCUUGCAGAUCUGAUGGCCAGCCCACAACAAAUUACUGUUUGAUGUGUCCGUGGCGGCACGCAGGCAAGUUAGCAUCAGAAUACCAAGUGAAUUGUGCUAUUCCUUGCCCUGUAUAAGACACCUUUUAUUGUAUUUUGAAAUGUGAUGCUGAGACGUGUGACUGCUGGGACUGGAGAUGUAGACCAUGGAUUGGACAGUGCUGCGUAGAACCCGGAACUCUCUGUAUCUAGACCCUGCAAGUCUGCCAGAAUCUAUUUAUCAAUUUUGUGUUCUUUUGUGCUAAUAAAAGAAGAUUAUUUCUUGUUGGACAUCUGGAAGGUAGUUCUUAGCCAAAAUCCCUUUUUAGGGGCGCAGCUUGGCCUGGAUGGGUUGUAUAAUGUAUAUUUAAACUAUCUGACAAUGAUCUCAUUCUGACACGGUGGUUGCAUUUUUAGAAUUAUCCCAGAUUUGUGAGCCUUUGGCUGUUUAGAGUGUACCCUCAUUAUUAUUUGGCCUCUGACUGAUUAUGAGAUUAUAGUCUAACAGCGACUCACCGUUAAAUUCUAGCCAAAGAAAUUAAUAGGCCAUGUGCCUGCUUCAAAUAAGUUGGGAUUCUUCCCUAAAUGGUGUUUGGACUGUGUUUUUGGGAUGAAAUUUUUUUUUUUUUAUUUAAAGUCGACUUUCUCCAAAUCUCCAUUUCGUAAAUACCCCCUUAGUGUUCACGGCCAAGCUGCCUGUCCUAUGAUAAACAGUCACAUUUUGUCCUAAGCAACUACGUUUUCUUUGUGUUUGUAAAUAACCAUUAACUUAUGUUAAUUUUUACUUUUAAUUCAAGUACAGUGUAUUUAAGACCUGAAAUCUGAUGUUGAUGUGCGUGACCUGAUCUCCGCAGUUUAAAUACUAGUGAUGAACUUCUGUGUAAUAAGCUCGUGAAGAAAGUUCACCAUACUGUGCACUAUUAAAGAGGUGCUUUAUCUUUAAAAACAAAAUCCCCUCUGGGUUAAUUGGAGCAGAGGAAAAUCACACAAUGUGCCUUAAUGUACUGUCUUAUUUCAUUUCUAAACUGUAUCCCAAGUCACCUUGUACUGUUAUUAAAGCUUCUUCCACCCUC